ACUGAUGAAUUUAUGAAAUGGAAUAAGUUUUAAUGUUUUUCAGUUGCCCAAAAACUGGCAAGUCAUUGUGGCUUAAAGCAUUUGUCAGUAGGAGGCGCUUUGCGUUAUAUAUUAAACAACCAACCAGAUACAGAACUGGCAAUUAUGUUAAAGUGGCAUCUUUAUAAAGGAAUGACAGUACCUGAUGAACUAGCUAUUCAAGCCCUAGAAAUAUCUCUGAUGGAAAAUAUAUGCAAUACUGCAGGUGCUGUCAUUGAUGGAUACCCUGUAACUUACUCUCAAGUGAGUAUCUUGGAAGCCAGGUCCAUCAUCCCAAUGAUCAUCUUUGAGUUGGAUGUGCCUUCCAAAGAGAUUUUCAAAAGACUGCUCCUGGAAAAAAACAAGGGACCAAGUUUGCCUUACCCAUUACACAACAGUGCACAGAUUAUAGCUGUCAGGAACUCAAGCUACAACAAAAAUGUUGAUGAAAUUAAGCAAUAUUAUGAAAAACAGCAUCAGAACUGGUAUGUGAUUGAUGGAUUCCACAGCAAAUGGUGGGUAUGGAAUGAAGUCAUUAAGAAAAUUCAUAUGGUGAAUAGUUAUAUACAGAAAUAUCUGGAAAGAAUAAAAGCAGGAAAAGCUGCCCACAUUGACAAGUUAUGUAUCACACCUGAAGAGCUUGCUUCUCGCCUGGGCGAAUUUGGACAGUUCUGCCCUGUCAGCCUGGCAGAAUCAUAUGAAUUAAUUGAUUGCUCGGAAACUGAGUCCUUGGAAUUUGCAGCUGAGUUCAGAGGGCACUAUUAUAAAAUGAGUUCUCAAGAAAAACUGAACAAAUUUUUGGAGAACCCAGAAUUAUAUGUGCCUCCAUUAGCUCCUCAUCCACUCCCAUCUGCCAACAUGAUGCCCAAAAAGCUGACACUGUCAGAGUUGAAGAGUCGAUUCCCUAAGUGUGCUGAGCUCCAGGGCUACUGUCCUGUGACCUACCAGGAUGGAAAACAAAGAUAUGAAGCCCUAGUACCUGGUAACAUUAACUAUGCUUUAGAAUAUCGUGAUCAUAUAUAUAUUUGUGAAAGUAGAGAAAAACUCGAGAAAUUUUUGAG